AUGUUGAAGGAAUAUCCCCAAAAUGGAAAGCUAAUCUCGAUGAGGGCGAUCAUCAAGUACAAUAUUGAUAAAAACAAGGAGGAGGCAGAAAAGGGAUUAAAGCAGGGAAUCAUGCUGGGUCGUUCGACUUGCGUUUGUUGGCACUUGUACGGAAUUUUCAAGCGUACGUUAAAGAAAUAUGUGGAAGCCCGAAAGGCUUUUCAGUUUGCCCACUCGCUAGAUCCCUCGAACAUCCAGAUCGUCAUCGAUCUAGCCGAUCUCCAAGUGCAGACGCGUGAUUACGACGGUUUCUACAAAUCCCGCAACAAACUCCUUCAGCAGCGCUCUGGAAACACCACGUUCUGGCUUGGCUUUGUCGUCGGCGCGUUCCUCAGCAAAUCCUACGAUGUCUGCAUCGACAUCAUCACGACGUUCCGCACCGGCACGCCCUGCACGCCCUCCUAUAUCACGCAAGAAUUAUACUUCCUCGAAGCCGAAUGCCACGCGCAGAAGAAGGAGUUCGCGGCAGCCGCCGACGUCAUUCAAUCGGGGAUGCGUUUCAUUCUCGACGAAGACAAAGCCCGCCAAAAAGAGGCGAUUUACCGCGGCUACGCGGGAGAUCUGGCGGGAAGCGAGGCCCUGUGGCUGCGUCUGAUGGAGAGCAACGCGGACGACGUGCUUUUCGUGCGGGGAUUGGAGGGCUGCGCGCUGGGAUCGCUCGACGGAAUCGAAAACCCGGAGAAUCGAAACGAUUGGACGCACGAAGAACGCACCAAACUCCGACCUCUGUACGAGGGGCUGGAGAGCCGGUUCCCCAAGUCCCUCGCAGUGCGGCAUCGGCGCCUGCGCCUGGUAGAAGGCGAGGAAUUCGAAAGAACAUUCGAGGAGGAAUUGCUGCGGACCGCGCGGAAGGGAAUUCCCUCCUUUUUCCGCUCCGUUCGCGACGUGCUUCGCGACCCCGCCAAAUUUUGCGCGGCAAAAUCCAUCGCGGAGAAACUCCUCGACCGAGUGACCGCCCCGCCGAGCCCCGAAAUUCCCGCGGAAGAGCCGCAAACGGCGUUGUGGCUGCUUCUGUUUUUGGCGGAACUGAGCGAUGCGGAGAAUCGGUGGGACGACGCACUGCGGUACUUGGAGCGCGCCUACAUGCACACGCCCACGUGCUACGAUCUGUACUUGAUCAAGGCGCGCGUGCAGAAGCACAUGGGCGCGCUGAAAAGCGCGGCAACCACGAUUGGCGCGGGGAGCGGGCUGGACCGCGGGGAUCGGUUCCUGAACACGAAGCACGUGAAAUAUCUGCUGCGUGCGGGGUGUGUGGAGGAGGCGGAUUUGAGGAUCGCGUACUGGACGCGGAAAGACGUUCCGUGCCGCAUCGAUUUGAACUUGCUGCAGGCGUGUUGGUUCGAAUUGGAGUGCGGAGAGGCUUACGAGAAGCGGCAGGACUGGCCACGUGCCAUGAAACAGUAUUUCGCGGUGCUGGAACACUUCACGACGUUCGUGGAGGACCAGUUCGACUUCCACCAAUACGUGCUGCGCAAGGGAAUUCUCACCACGUACAUCGAUUGGCUGCACCGAAUCGACGCGCUCUGCGAUCAUCCCUAUUACCGACGAGCCGCCAAGGGCGCGCUCCGCGUCGUCCUGCAGCUCGCCGCCCGCCCGCUGGAUCUCGCCGAGUACAAGAGAACGCACACGCUCACGCCGAAAGUCGUGCACAAGAAGGGCGCCGAGUUCCCCGACGACGACGAUCCCGACGGACUGCGCCUCGCCGCCUCCGAGAAACCGCUCGAGCUUGUCAAGGACGUGGUCACCGAGCUGCUGCUCUACGCUAAGGACGACGCCGACGCGAUGAUGCUGGUCGCGCAGUGGGCCGAAAUGAAGAAGGAGCCGAAGCUGUAUCAAGAGGCCGUGCAGAACGCGCCCUGCAUCGAAGCGUGGCUGGCCAUGGACAAAGAGAAGGCCGAUAUGAGCCAGUAUCACAGCCAUGUCAUGAUAGCCCGUCAGAUGGCCCACAAGGACGCGAACGACGCGUCCAUCGGCGAUCUUCUCAUUGAUGGUGCCGAGAACGGCGAGCUGGAAGACUGCAUUCGCGCCUUCUAUCUGCUGAAGGAAAGGGAGCCAGAGCGGCUGGAGGAGUUCGUGGCGAGUGCUGGGAAGAAGUUUGGAGGGUUGAAAGAGUUGUUGAUGGAUUUGUGUGUUUGUUUAAUGAAUUUAUUUUCUUAUUAUUAUUAA